UGAAUAUUCUGCAUCCACCACCUUUAUUCUCAACAAUCAACUGAUUUUAUUACCUGAAAGAAAGAUGUCUAGCUCUGGAAUGAAUUGUGUUGAGAAGCAAAUCACCACAAGGCGUGUGGCAAAUCCAGGAAAGGCAACAGUGCUUGCUCUUGGCAAAGCCUUCCCAAGCCAAGUGGUUCCUCAGGAGCAUCUAGUGGAGGGGUUUCUACGUGACACCAAAUGUGAUGACCCCUUUAUCAAAGAGAAGCUAGAACACUUGUGCAAAACCACAACUGUGAAGACACGCUACACGGUCUUGUCCCGAGAGAUACUAGAUAAGUACCCUGAGCUAACAACAGAAGGCUCACCAACAAUCAAGCAAAGGCUAGAGAUCGCGAACGAGGCGGUCGUGGAAAUGGCACUUGAAGCAAGUUUGGGUUGCAUCAAGGAAUGGGGAAGGCAAGUGGAAGACAUCACUCACAUUGUCUACGUUUCCUCAAGCGAGAUCCGCUUACCCGGCGGCGACCUUUACCUCUCAGCCAAGCUAGGCCUAAAGAGCGACGUGAACAGAGUAAUGCUUUACUUUCUAGGCUGCUACGGAGGCGUAACAGGCCUCCGUGUCGCCAAAGACAUAGCCGAGAACAACCCCGGAAGCCGUGUGCUCCUCACAACCUCUGAAACCACCAUCCUCGGGUUCCGACCACCGAACAAAGCUCGCUCUUACGACCUGGUCGGGGCAGCUUUGUUCGGGGACGGUGCGGCUGCUGUGAUCAUAGGAGCAGAUCCUUUACCCUCCGAAGCUCCUUUCAUGGAGCUUCACUACGCUGUUCAGCAGUUUGUGCCUGGGACACAGAACGUGAUCGACGGGAGAUUAACGGAGGAAGGCAUAAACUUCAAGCUGGGACGAGACCUACCUCAGAAGAUAGAAGAGAACAUAGAAGAGUUCUGUAAGAAGCUGAUGGGAAAAGCUGGGGAUGAUUCUAUGGAGUUUAAUGACAUGUUUUGGACCGUUCAUCCGGGAGGGCCUGCGAUUCUGAACCGUCUUGAGACGAAACUGAAGCUGGGGAGAGAGAAGCUGGAGUGCAGCAGAAGGGCGUUGGUGGAUUAUGGGAACGUGAGUAGUAACACUAUAUUGUAUGUGAUGGAGUAUAUGAGAGAUGAGUUGAAGAAGAAAGGUGAUGGUGCGCUAGAGUGGGGUCUUGGCUUAGCUUUUGGACCUGGAAUCACCUUUGAAGGUCUUCUCCUCCGUAGCCUCGCAUCUCCCUAAUUUCGAAUCUACCUCCUUGCAAAAAAUAAAAGAAUAUAUAUUAUAAAAUAUUGUAAUCAAACUUAUUAUAAGACCAUAUAAUCAAUGGGAUCCCUAUAAUCAAUCCAUAGUUUGUUGAAUUUGAUUUAA